AUAAUAAGUACCUGAGGGUGUAUUAGUCAAUAAGUUUGUGGUUUCUAACACCAGUCCUAAUAUUUUUUUAAAAAAAAUUUAAAAAAUCAAAAUGGAGAAAACAAGAAAUGAAAAAUAUGUUUAGUUUCUGUCUUCUGGGUCGUUGUUGUGAAGAGAAAGAGUAAGCCCAUUUACCCUUUUAAUUUGUUUAAGAUUUAUCCAUUAUAGCCCACUUAGACUAAAAACUAAAAGCGGCGAAAACCGACAUAUGGCAUCUCGAUUCGCGGCAGUUGCAAUUUGUUAAGUAUUUCCAUCUAAUUUUUUGGGUAGAUUUUCAGAAGAUCGAAUUCCCAUUUCCGUUUUUCCGAAAUCUUGCAAAAAUCUCCCCAAUUUCUGGUCCCAUUUUCGUUUACCUAGAAAAAUUCUGAUCAAAAAUGGCCACCAUCAACCGCCUUCUUGGCCCGCCGGAACUCUAUCAGGGAUCAUCACCACCUCUUCUCGCCGCCGCCAGCGGAGAAACCAUCAUCCCCGCCACUGAAAAGCCCAAUUUAGACGAUGUGAUUUCCAUGCUGAAAACCCAAUUAGAGAUUGAAAUCGCCAAGUUGAAAAGCCAAGCAUCCACACUCGAUGUCGACGACGACGACGACUCCGAUGGAGGUAAUCAUCAUCAACAUCCCUUUAUGGGUCUGACUGAGAAUUUGUCGGCGACGUUUCUAUCCUCCGGUAACCCUUGUUUGGAUUUCUUUUUUCAUGUUGUCCCUAAUACACCCCGUGAGGAUCUUGUUAGACGGUUGGAAUUAGCCUGGGCUCAUGACCCUUUGAUGGCUUUGAAAUUGAUUUGUAAUCUCAGAGGGGUUAGGGGAACUGGGAAGUCUGAUAAGGAAGGGUUUUAUGCGGCUGCGUUUUGGCUCUACUGUUUUCACCCUAAGACUUUGGCUUGUAACGUGAAGGCGAUUGCUGAAUUUGGUUACUUCAAGGAUUUUCUUGAAAUCCUGUAUAGGAUUCUGGAAGGGCCUUUAAUUAGGGUGACUGAGAAAGAGGCUAGGAAGACUGAGAGAGAGGAGAAGUUUAGGAAAUUUAUUACAAAUUUGGAAGAACAGGAGGAGUUUACUGAAUGGGUUUUUCAUGGGAGGAGAGGGAGAGGUAGGAGGAACAGGGGAAGGGGAAAUGAUGAAGCUGAAAGUGGGAAGAAAAGGGACAAAGUUGUGAAGGAUUUGGAGGAGAUUCAGAAACGUAACAGAGAGGAGAAAGAAAAGGCCAGGGCUAUGAGGAAAGAAAGGGAAUUGAACAAAGCGAAAAAGGCUUUGGAGAAGUACAAUGGUGAUGGGAAUUACAGGUUGCUGCAUGAUGGAAUUUCUGACUUCUUUGCUGAACUUUUGAAGGCUGAUCUUGAAAAAUUGAGUGCAGAAAAGAAUAACGAGAUUAGUUUGGCUGCAAAGUGGUGCCCCACUGUUGAUUCUUCCUAUGAUAAGGCCACUCUGAUAUGUGAAAGCAUUGCAAGAAAAUUGUUCCCUAAGGAGAAGUAUUCGGAGUAUGAGGGAGUUGAGGAGAGUCAUUAUGUUUAUAAGGUUCGAGAUAGAUUGAGGAAGGAAGUGCUUGUGCCUUUGCAUAAGGCAUUGGAAUUGCCUGAGGUGUAUAUGAGUGCUAACCAAUGGAAUUCACUGCCAUAUAAGAGGGUUGCCUCCGUUGCUAUGAAGACUUACAAGGAACUGUUUAAGAAGCAUGAUGAAGAGAGGUUUGCUAAGUAUCUUGAGGAUGUCAAGAGUGGGAAGGCAAAAAUUGCUGCUGGGGCUUUGCUUCCACACGAGAUCAUUAAGUCGUUGGAGGAUAGUGAUGGUGGAGAAGUGGCUGAGCUUCAAUGGAAGAGAAUGGUCGAGGACAUGGUUGCGAAAGGGAAAUUGAGUUACUGCAUUGCAGUUUGUGAUGUGUCGGGGAGUAUGUCUGGGAUUCCGAUGGAGGUUUCUGUUGCUCUUGGGGUAUUGGUCUCUGAACUGAGUGAGGAGCCAUGGAAGGGGAAAUUGAUCACAUUUAGUGAGAAUCCUGAGCUUCAAAAGGUUGAAGGUGAAACCCUCUUGGAAAAAACACAGUUUGUGAGAGAUAUGGCCUGGGGUAUGAGCACUAAUUUCCAGGGAGUCUUUGACAGGAUUUUGGAAGUUGCCACCAAAGCAAAUCUAAAGGAAGAACAGUUGAUCAAGAGGGUGUUUGUAUUCAGUGACAUGGAGUUCAAUCGAGCAUCUGCAAAUCCUUGGGAGACUGAUUAUCAGGCCAUUCAGAGGAAAUUCAGAGAGAAUGGUUACCAAACAGUGCCGGAAAUCGUGUUUUGGAACCUAAGGGAUUCAAGAUCAACCCCUGUUACGGCUAAUCAGAGUGGUGUGGCACUAGUGAGUGGCUUUUCGAAGAAUCUGCUGACCAUGUUCUUGGAUGGUGACGGCAUUGUGAACCCUGCGGAGGUCAUGGAGCUUGCUAUUGCUGGUGAAGAGUACAAAAAGCUAGCAGUUUGUGACUGACUUUUGUAUAUGUUUUUUAGUGGCUUUGGCUUUGCUUUGCAGCAACCUGAUGGUUAAAUGGUUGCUUCUGUUUAAUGCAAUCAUAUUGCGUAGAUGUAUAAUACAGAUGAAUAUGGAACUGCUACAACUAGUUUUAUGGUUUUCAUAGUUGUUAAAGUGACUCUUCCUUUGCUGUCUAAUCUGGUUCUUCCAUUAUCUUUCGAUUUUGUUUCAACUGAAACUAGUCCUUUUUUUUUUUGCCUGAA